AUGUCACAAAGCGCAGAACGGCGAUGGCAGUCGAAUCCUCUCGUGAACGUACUGAAGGAGAUCACAAGGCCAGCUGAUGGUGAGCAAGAGCUCACUGACGAUGAAGAAGAGAAGUUCAACCUGGGAAGACGGAGGGUGAGUUGGAAGGUUAUGAAGGACAUGUCGAAGAAAGAGGUUGCGUUUGAACAAGUAAGAGGAGCUGCAGACGCCAAGGAGCGAUCGCCUAAUUCCAGGAAGACCACAAUCAGCUCACUGACACCUGUUGCAAGGGCCAGCAGCACUGCGUCUCUCCUCCUCAAAGACGUGCAGACCUCCAAGAAGGAAGACAGACGGAACUCAACGUCAGGUGAUUCUCGUGGCGGCGAAGAGGCGACACUCAGCCAGGGCAAGAAGGAGGAGGAGGAUGAAGGAGAUGUUGGAAUGCCUACUCUUCGAUCAGACCAUGACUCUCUUUCUGUCUAUGACCAUCGUCAAUUUGUUCAGCCUCCCUUGCAAACGGGCAUCAGCCGUCCCUUCGCUUGGCGACGCAAGAUGCCGCAUCCGAGGCUGCGCGGAGACUUGUCGAACCCCUACUUCAAGCGACGCAUUGCCAUGAUUCUCCCUCAGUCGCUCCGCCCCACCAUGGCGAGCAGCGACUAUGCGGCUCUCAUGGACUCAGCGAGGGCAAGCACGAUGCUCCAGCGAGAUGUGGCGGCAACCGUCACCAUCAUCGCCGAGAACGCUGAGGCGGACAAGAGGACGCUGGGAGACGCAGGGCUGGUAGAGGAGCUUAUCGACUUCCUCUCGUCGUCAGACCCACAAGUCAGAAGCCGGUCGCUCAAGUCUCUCACCCAACUGCUGACCCGAGAAGCAAACAGAAAUCACUUCUUCUCGUGCCCACGCGGUGGCGAGCAGCUUCUUCAUCUUUCGAAAGCUGAUGCUUUUGUUGAUCCGACUUCAAGUGUCCAGCCUGACCAGGUCACUGAAAUGAGACUAGCUGCUGAGAUUGUUGCCAUCUUAGCACAAUCAGAAACCAUGCAAGCAAGAAGGACUUUCAUGAAAAGUGGCUUCGUGUACAUGCUGUGCAGAUUAACUCAAUCGAGAGACAAGGUAACUCGAGGCCAUGCAGCGAACGGGUUGCACUGUCUGUGUGAGGGCUAUAGUCAUGUGAAAGAACAGAAGUGGAAGAGGAAAAUUGAGAUCAAAGCAGAAUUGUGGUCAACCGAACAAAUUUUUCAACUCAUCUCGGUUUUCAAGUCAAAAGAUGCCAACGUGACAACCCAGAUCUUUCUUGGUCUCCGAUAUUUGUGCUCGGAGGCGUACACCCCAAUUAUACUGGCCAACACAGACAUUUUGGAUGUGCUCCAUCAGGCCAUGGACGGAAACAGCUUCCAAAAAGACUUUCCCAUGAUGAUGGCUGCACUCAUGCUGAUAUCUGUGCUGGCAGAAACUUCUUGGUCGUCGUCGGUUCUCACAAGAGCUAAUCUUGAGCCCUUUCUAGCCAGACUACUUCGUCUCCUACCAAAGACAAAGACAGAAGUAGAGGCAAUGCUCCCUACCCAUGGGGUGAUGGCAACCUGGGACGAGCAGAAACUUCUUCGCUAUGCUCGGAUGGUUGCAAAAAACCCUGAAGUCUCCAUGUCAUCUAUCGGCGAAUGUGUGGAAAUGUCCUUCCAAAAACUAAGAUGUAUCGUUCUUGUAGAUGAGGUCCUAGAAGUGAUGGAAAAGUUGAUGAUGAAAAUGACAGAGAUCAGAUUUAUCUUCUUCACUGCUGGUGCAGCCCAAAAUUUCAUCAACCUUCAUCUGUAUAGCAAUUUCAGGAAUGUGCAGGAAACUUGCCUCAAACUUAUUUGCCUCAUGGCUGCAAAUGAGAAAUUGUCUGAAACAAUUAGCAGCAACAAAAAAUAUCUGGACAUAAUCGAUUUUGCACUCAGACUUGCAGGAAAUCCUGUCUUGCCAAGAACAGCAAUGCUUUCUAUCUGCGAGCUCAGCAAAAACAUGCAAUUCAUCGACAAGCUUGCUCAACGCGGGUUAGUGCAAGCGCUCGAGAUCCUGACAGACACCCAUGAUCCACUGCAGCAAGCUCUUAUCUUGCAGAUCAUGAAGAACCUCUCCAAAUCCGUCUCCGUCAAAGAACAAGUAGUGCGCAUGCGGAGUUGGCCAAGGAUGGUUCGAUGGUUGGACUCCUUUGACCCCUCGGUGAGGAAUGCGGCCAACAACUUACUGAUUGAGUUUGCAACGGGGGAAGACAACAGGAACUGCCGAGAGGCUCUGACGGAGGUCGCAAAGGAGGUGAAGAACUUGCAGGCCGGCAGCCGCGUAAACCACGAGGUCUUGUCACGCUUCAUCGACUACGUGAAUCAGUCGGACCACAUUAUCAAGGCUCAGGCAUGGAUCCGCGGAGUCAUUGGUCGAAGGAGAGCUCAACUGCUGCGGAUCGUCAAGAAGAAGGAGAGGAAGGGCGAUACGUCUGCUGUGAUGAGAGCAAUUUCUGCACUGGGAAAAGAUACUUCUAGCUCCUUUAAUGAAGGUGGCAACAAUAAACAAAAAGGUGAAUGA